UACAACGGUUCAGUUCUGGUUUACAACCUCCAUGUAAGUGAAGCGAAAAUGUUCAAUAAAAAGCCUCGGAGGAACUUUCGGCAGAGAAAGGAGAACUCCAGCGACGAGGAGGACGAGCAGAAGGACAGAGGAGACGGAGAAGGAAAUGAGAAAGCUCCAACUGCGGUAAAUAAGCCGUCCAAACCGGCCCAGGGCCGCGGCAUUACAUGCAGUUCCAAGCGGGAAGCGACGCCGACCAAGCCGGACAGCAGUGACGGAGAAGACGGGGAGACGGUGGAAGCGACAGAAGAAAGAGAGGAGAGGAAGAAAGAUAAAGAUGGGGCUAAGAAGACUGCCAACUCCAUCCUUAGUUUCUCUGACGACAAAGAAGCUGAGGGACCAACAUUUAAACUGAAGAAGUCCUCUGAUAAAGCUGUGCUGUUCCAAGUAAGAAAGAAGGAGGCUUCACCAGCCAAGACCACCCAAAGCCGAGGCCCAGCAGGUGGAGGUGUCUCACCAUCUGCUUCUCCCAGGCAAGAAUAUGAAUAUGGUAGUCAGGCAUCACCACGUGCUCUGCACCAUAAUGAUGACAGUGAUGGUGAUGACGACGAUGAUGAUGAUGAUGACAACAAUGAUUAUAGUGACAGUGAUGAAGGCGAUGCCAGGUCUCCAUCAAGUAGCUCAGCCUCAAACUCCAGCCGUUCUGCCAUUAAACCAGUCGUUAUCCCUAAUGCUAGAGAGAUCGAGGCAGCCAGGAGGCAGCGUCAUGCCGCUCGAGCCCAGAAAGAAUAUAUUUCCCUGGAUAGAGAUGGCCACAGCUCUGCUAGUAGCACUCCAGAUCACUACAGCAGAGAGGAUGAAGAAGAUAGGGUUGAUGAUGAUGACGAGGAGCCAGAUGAUCAUGAGAGAAGAAUUGAGUUUGCCCCACGAUUAAAGAGCAUCAAGGAGAGGAUUGCUGAGAAACUUGGAAGUGAUGGCAGCCUCUCAGGAACUGAUGGAGAAGAGCAGGAGCUUUGGGAGGAGACACAAAUUGAGAAGGGAGUCAAGAGACGGCCAGGAGAACAGAGUCCAUCUGGCAGUGAGUCCAGCAGCAACAGUAGCAGCAGGCGCAACAGACGACCACAUAAGAAAAGAUCAACAGGGGUCAGAAUCCCAAAGACUCUCCCUCCCGUCACUGUCUCAAUGGUCAAGAAGAGGAUCACUGGAAAACUAGACUCCCUGAAGGAGGUGCACAGAGCACGGCAGGCAGAGCUGAGGAGGAUGGAGGGCGAUGUUGAGAGUGCUAAAACCUCCAUGGAGUCUCUGGAGCAAAGUUUUUCAGAGAGGCAGCUGAGGUUCUACAGGGCCACGACUCUCUAUGUCCACAACCUGGUGGAGUGUCUGCGGGAGAAGGUCAUUGAGAUCAACUCACUGGAACUGGAGCUGCACUCUGCACUGUCUGACCAGAUGGAUGCGCUGUUGGAUAAGAGACGACAGGGAAUCAAGGAGCAGGCUGACCGCCUGCAGCAGCUCAGCUAUAGCACAGAUGAGCAGAGUGGAAGCUCCACCAAUGGAACAGAAACACAAAGCAAAGCAGACUCUGGUUUUAAAGCUGAAGAAGAUUUUGCAUUACCUGAAGACACACAUCCCUCAGCAGAAGAGGAGGAGCAGCUGCAGAAGAAGAUAGCUGACAUCCUAUCGAGGUCCCAGGCAGUGUUUUCUGAUGUCCAGGAUGAUUUCCGCGACGCUAAGAAGAUUCUGUCCUGCUUUGAAGAAUGGAGAGCGUCUUACUCUGACUCUUACCACAAUGCCUACAUCUCUCUGUGUCUGCCCAAACUGUUGAACCCCAUCAUAAGACAUCAGCUACUGGCGUGGAACCCACUAAAGGACAACAGUGGGGACUUUGAAAACCUCCCAUGGUUCACAGCAGUGGAGACGUUCUGUCAUGGUCACGGCCAUGAAGAGCUGGAGAACACAGACAGACAGACACUGUCUAAUGUCAUAGAGAGGACCGUCCUACCCAAAAUAACAGCCUACGUGGAGCUGGUGUGGGAUCCCAUGUCCCAUCAUCAGUCAGUCUGUCUGUCUGAUGUGUGUCACAGACUGAAGGAGGACUAUUCCAUCUUUGAAGGAGAUCAGAGUAAACCGGUCAAGGCAUUCAAAGAGGCUGUGAUCAGCCGACUGAGGAGCUGCGUAGAUGAAGAUGUCUUCAUCCCUCUGUACCCCAAAAAGUUCCUUGAGGAUCAUUCGUCUCCCCAGUGUCGCUUCAGGGAUCACCAGUUCUGGACGGCCGUAAAACUACUAGGUAACAUGGGAAAAUUGGAUUCACUGCUUCCUGAGUCUGUGUUAAAGGAGCUGAUGUUGGACAAACUGCUGAACAGAUACCUGAUGAUUACCUUAUGCAGUCAGACACUGCACAACAACGCUGUCCAUGCCUGCAGAAAGGUUUUUAAAUUGAUAGCAGAUAGUCUGCCACUCUCUUGGUUCAAAGAAGAGGACGCCUGUUUGCCUCAGCUCCAGAAUUUCAAAAACCACCUAGUUCAGAAAGCUCAUACCAUCUGCAAACAGCACCCUCCUGAGGAUCCAAACACCAGGUCUUCUGUGGUUGAAGUGCUGCAGAUUUUGAGCAGAAUCAGGUGUAACGACUCCAUCAUGGCGAUAGCAGAGAAAUACCACUAUGAAGAUUUGAUCUACUCACACCAGCUGCUGAACCAAGAGACUGUCUGAACAACAGAUGCUGCAGAGUGGAAGGUGGAUCGAACAGCAACACAGUACACUGUAAUACUGAAAGCAGCUGUCAAAGACAUUACACAGCAAGAGAGGAGCCGAGUGGGCUCUGCCUUGUGUAAAAGGUUGCUGAACUAGAGCACAUAUGGGAAGAGCCAUAAGAGCAAUUAUGUCUUCUAAUAGUGGAUACUCGUCAGACCAGCACUUUGGCGAAAAUACAGAAUGAAAACCAUGGACACAUGUAAUGGUGUAUGUGGAGGUGACGCCAGCUAUAUGAACCUACAAAUGGUUCAAGUAACUUUUUUAACAAAGGAAACUGCCAAGAAAAACUGUGUGGGGAAAGGAAUUCACCAUCCUGCCAUUUUUAGUCAUGAAUAGUUUACUACUAUGAUCUGUUUUGUACUGGAGAUAAUUGUAUAUUUAUGAAUAAACAUCUGAAUUUUGUUAAAA